CCCCAGGUAUGGAGAGUGCAAUCACGCUGUGGCAGUUCCUGUUGCAGUUGCUGCUGGACCAGAAACAUGAGCAUCUGAUCUGCUGGACCUCCAACGAUGGUGAGUUCAAGCUCCUCAAAGCAGAAGAAGUGGCCAAGCUGUGGGGACUCCGCAAAAACAAGACGAACAUGAACUACGACAAGCUGAGCAGAGCCCUGCGCUACUAUUAUGACAAGAACAUCAUCAAGAAGGUGAUUGGGCAGAAGUUUGUGUACAAGUUUGUCUCCUUCCCGGAGAUCCUGAAAAUGGACCCCCACGCCGUGGAGAUCAGCCGGGAGAGCCUGCUGCUGCAGGACAGGGACUGCAAGGCGCCGCCCGAGGGCCGCGAGGCGCACAGACACGGCCUGUCAGCCCUCAAGAGCACCAGCCGCAACGAGUACAUCCACUCAGGCCUGUACUCGUCCUUCACCAUUAACUCCCUGCAGAACCCACCCGAGCCCUUCAAGGCCAUCAAGACGGAGAAGCUGGAGGAGCCGCCGGAGGACAGCCCUCCCGUGGAAGAAGUCAGGACUGUCAUCAGGUUUGUCACCAAUAAAACCGACAAGCACAUCAGCAGGCCCGUGGUGUCCCUGCCCUCCACGUCUGAGGCCUUCCUGGCCUCGUCCGUCUCCGCCAAGAUCUCCUCUUUAAUGCUGCCAAACGCCGCCAGCAUCUCGUCCGCCUCACCCUCCUCCUCUCGGUCCCCAUCCCUGUCCCCCAACUCGCCCCUCCCCUCUGAACACAGAAGCCUCUUCCUGGAGGCCGCCUGCCAUGACUCGGAUUCCCUGGAGCCCUUGAACCUGUCAUCGGGCUCCAAGACCAGGUCUCCAUCUCUCCCCCCCAAAGCCAAAAAACCCAAAGGCUUGGAGAUCUCCGCGCCUCCGCUGUUGCUCUCCGGCACCGAUAUUGGCUCCAUCGCCCUCAACAGCCCGGCCCUGCCCUCAGGAUCCCUCACCCCAGCCUUCUUCACCGCACAGACACCAAAUGGAUUGCUCCUGACCCCGAGUCCACUGCUCUCCAGCAUACAUUUCUGGAGCAGCCUUAGUCCGGUUGCUCCACUGAGUCCUGCCCGGCUGCAAGGGCCCAACACGCUGUUCCAGUUCCCAACACUGCUCAAUGGCCACAUGCCAGUGCCAAUCCCCAGCCUGGACAGAGCUGCUUCUCCAGUACUGCUUUCUUCGACCUCUCAGAAGUCCUGAUGACAUCUGGCCACAAUGAAAGACUCAUUCACUGAUGAAGCAAAUUUGUCCCCAUGGGCUAGUUUACCUGUGUCAUGAGAAGGACUUUGUGAAACCCUGUUAAUUUGGUUUGCACUUUUCAUAACAUGGAUGGUCUAGAUAUGUUAGCAUUUUUAAAACUUUUUUUUUAUAUUCAAGUAUAUAUGAAAAUCUGUUUUGCAUUAAGUGAAUUUUAAUGUUUUUGUUUUUAUAUCCUCUUAGCUCUUAAGUAUUGAACACUGUUGACAGUGAAGAACUUUUCUUAAUGGCUUUCAGUGUAACUAAUAAGGAUGUGAAGCUUUUUCGCUUUAAUUCUGCAUAUGCUGAACUGCUUAUACACUAUAACCAGCUGUGCCUUCCCUUGCAUUUAGUUUAAUGUAAAUGAUUUAUAUAUUUUUUAGAGAAAAUGUUUGAAAGACAAAGAUUAGUAUCAAACAGCUCUCUAGUAGAAUUUCAUUAUUUUUCACAAGUAGGCAAUAUGAAAGCAUAUUCAUAUUACUUUUUCUCUUUUGCUUUCAAUUAUAAGAAUUGCCUUAGAGCCUCUUUUGAACUGAAAUUCAAUAAAUGUAAUGUCCAAGUAAUGUUUUUAUAAGAAAAAACUAAGCCAUAUUUAGACAAUAAACAUUCAUGAAAGAAAA